AUAAAAGAAAGAGCGUUUCCUGAUGUUGCGAGUUUAUUAACCUCAAAUCGAGGAAUGUGUUAUUAUUCGGACGAGCGUCUAAUAUCAGUGCUUCCGAUCUCAACGUGCUGCUGCAAUUAACGCACCAUAAGGCGCGUCGAGAGAAAGGCGCGUCGAGAAAAAGGCGCGUUUGAUUGGUGGAAUGCGCGUUAUGACGCAUCCUAACACGGGCAAUGGGAACUGAACGCUGACGUUAGAGCGUUGACGUUCGACGCGUGACAUCACCUCUCAUCGCUCUAACUCAAUAAAAUAUCGUUUUGUAUUUUUUUAUGCGCACGACGAGGACCUAGUAAUCAAUCAGGAUGAUAGCACCAGAAGUUGGCUCUACUAAUGCAGAGCCUGUACACGUCAGGAUCACAAAUGAGAAAGCUCCAUUGAUCCAUGGCAGAAAUAUGUUUCAACGACUGAGUAAUAUCUUUAAGAUUAGAAGGAUGCAACAUCCAGAAGGAGAUGGCUAUGUUGAGUUUGGAAAUCUGGGUAUUGACAGCACUCGUACACUGGGGACCUUUGCUGGUGUCUUCAGCCCGGUCACAUUGUCUAUGUUUAGUGCCUUAGUCUUUAUACGAAUGGGAUAUAUCGUGGGCAACGCAGGAUUACUCAUUACUUUGAUACAGUUUAUAAUCGCAUAUAGUAUUUUAUUAUUCACAGUCGCCUCUGUCUGCGCCAUAUCGACCAACGGCGCCGUGGAAGGUGGUGGUGCUUAUUUUAUGAUCAGUCGCACGUUAGGGCCUGAAUUUGGCGGCUCUAUUGGUACUCUCUUUUUUAUGGCCAAUAUAGUCUCCAGUGCGCUUUGCAUCUCCGGGUGCGCUGAAGGUUUGGUCGAGAAUUUCGGACCAUCUGGUUACCUGAGCGGUAUGAGUGGACUGAUACCAGAUGGCCGGUGGUGGAGAUUUUUAUAUUGUUCUGUACUAAACACCGCUAAUCUUCUGGUUUGUCUAAUUGGAGCCGCGAUGUUCGCGAAAACCAGUGUCGCGAUCUUGGCGAUUGUCUGUAUCUGCCUGGGCAGCGUUAUCAUCAGUUUCCUCGCGCAAGGAGUAAUGGAGAUACCGAUACCAGAUGCAAACACGUUGGUACAGAAUGCAACGGAUCACGUGAACGGAAGUUACACAGGUCUUCUCUCUUCUACGCUUUACAACAAUCUCUAUGCAAAUUACAGCGCCGACUAUUCGAGUGGAGGAACUUUGACGGACUUUGCGAGUGUUUUUGGCGUGCUCUUCAGCGGUGUAACUGGAAUAAUGGCAGGAGCGAAUAUGAGCGGUGAACUGAAAAGUCCUGGCCGAAAUAUUCCACGUGGAACAUUGUCAGCUGUGUUAUUUACGUUCAUAUGUUACAUUCUGCUAUCUGUAUUGACGGCUGCUACCACCAGUCGAUUUUUGCUGCAAAACAACUUCAUGUACAUGAUGCCGAUUAAUAUCUGGCCACCGUUCGUCGCUGUUGGUAUUCUCACGGCGACGUUUAGCGCUGGCUUGAGCAAUCUGAUAGGUUCCAGCAGAGUAUUGGAAGCAUUGGCUAAAGAUAAUGUAUUCGGUUCAGGAUUGAAUUUUAUAAUACAAGGUACAUGGCGCGGGAAUCCAAUCGCAGCAGUGUUGACUUCGUGGGCUCUUGUUCAAACUAUUUUGCUGAUUGGAUCGUUGAACACUAUCGCUCAGAUCAAUUCAGUACUAUUUCUCCUGAGUUAUCUCGCGACCAAUCUCGCGUGUCUCGGCCUGGAACUUGCUAGUGCGCCGAACUUCAGGCCUACAUUUAAUUACUUCACUUGGCAUACGGCGACUAUAGGUCUACUCGGAACGCUGAUAAUGAUGUUCAUAAUUAACAGCAUUUACGCUUCUAGCAGUAUAAUAUUGUGCUUGAUCUUAAUAAUCGUGCUGCAUUUGUUCUCUCCGAGUAAGAACGCGCCAUGGGGUAGUAUAUCCCAAGCGUUGAUAUUUCACCAAGUCAGGAAGUACUUGCUGAUGUUGGAUUCACGUAAGGACCACGUGAAAUUCUGGCGUCCGCAAAUGCUUCUGAUGGUCGCGUCUCCACGUUCUGCCUGCCCUCUUAUCGAUUUUGUGAAUGAUCUGAAAAAAGGAGGACUCUACGUUAUCGGACACGUGAAGGUUGGCGAAUUCGCAGGUCAAAAUGGCGAUCCUACGAUAGAAGAAUAUCCGCAUUGGCUAAGUCUAGUCGAUCACAUGAAAGUCAAGGCCUUUGUCGAGCUAACUGUGACAAAAACGGUUCGCGAAGGUCUGCAGCAUUUGAUAAGGCUCUCUGGAAUGGGCGCGAUGAAGCCAAACACGAUUGUUCUUGGUUUCUACGAUGAAGAAUCUCCGCGAGAUUUCUUCUCAGAUUCUCAGUACGCGACGACGGUAUUCGAAAAUAGCUCAACACUUCCAAAUAACACUGUGUUCCCGCUGAGACAGACGACAGAUGAGAAAUAUCUGGAUCCGAUACAAUACGUCAGCAUGUGCUCAGACGUCCUGAGAAUGAAGAAGAACCUAUGUUUAUGUCGAAAUUUUCACUUGUUGAAUAAAACGCAGUUAACGAAAAAUUCGAACUUGAAGUACAUUGACGUGUGGCCAGUCAACUUCUUCCAACCGACCGACCAGGAUCCGUUCGACACAACGUCGUUGUUUAUGCUUCAACUCGCCUGCAUUAUCAACAUGGUACCUAACUGGAAGAACCUGCAUCUCAGAGUUUUCCAUUGCGAAACCUCAGAUGACAGUGGAAGCUUGAGCAUCUCAGAUACGCAAGGUUCGAUGAACGAAUUCCCGAGAAUCUCGAACGAGCACAGAAUACGAAAGUCAUUGAACUUGCUACGAAUUUCCGCAUCGAUCAAGAAGAUUCCGGAAUGGGGGGAGCAGAUUCGAGGCUUAAACGGCAGAUCCUUGCUCGAGCCGAAAACGGAGAAUCAUUUUGACGGGAGUACAGAGUCCAACGAUAACACUUUGAGUAACAUGUCACGGUCUUACAUAUUAGGUGUCAAUCAGCUGAUAAGGCAACAUUCCUCUCAAACCGCGACGAUAUUUAUUUAUUUGCCCGCGCCGCCAAUCUCGAGUACUUGGGACCAGGACGACAUGUAUCGGCAGUAUUUGCAAUCGUUGACUGAAUUAACUGCAGAUCUACCGCCGAUAGUUCUGGUACACGGUGUUAGUGCCGUCACGUCGACUACUUUAUAACGAAUUGUACGGAUAGAGACAAAAAUGUGUAUAUUCUUAAUUUAUGAAGAGAAAAGAUAUAUACGAUCGAAAAACGGAUAAAGACUAUUACUAUAUUAUAGUUCUCGGAUAUAGUUCUAAUUAUAAACGGAACUAUUGUACUAAAUGCACAAAGAUCGAGAAUAAUCGUAAUUUAUUGUUUCUUCUUAGUAAUUUGAUUACUUAUUUUGCAUGAUAGUACAUAGAAUAUGUAACUAAGCAAUAAGUAUUAUUUUAGAUCGAUAGGAAACGCGCUUUAUCACGUCCAAAAGAAAGGAAAUGUUUAAUAUGUAUAAAGUUUAUAAUACUGUGAUAAAACAAACUUAUUAUAUAAGA